AUGAAGUAUCUUUGUCUUCUUAUCACAGCACUGCUAUCAUGCAGAGCUGUUCUAUCACACAGCAACGAAGACACUCAAUUUACUACCAGCAAGCAUGAUGAAAUUUCAAAUGCCCUGAGUCGUCAACUUCGAAUUGGCGAUUUUGAUGAGUUCAACGAAUUGUUUGAGAAUGCGUCCAUUGUGCUUCCGGGUCCAUUCUCCGCUGAACAACGCGUGGCCUUUGUCAACCUGAAAAUCAAUAUUUACAACGUUAGAUGCUACGGGGUCAAUGUUGGUGACAUGAGCAUCUCUCAUCAAACAAAAAGCUCACAAGAUAUCGAGGUUUUGAUCAAUGUUUUGCAGUUGGAUCUUGAUUGUGAAAUGGACUACGAUUACCAAUGGGGAGCAGCCAAUGGCGAUGGUUGGUUGAAGGUUCAAACAGACGAUAGUUCCGCAUCUACAAGCAUCAACUUUGUUUCUGACGAUUUCAACACCAAACCUCCCAAGAGCUCAUCUGUUUCUGGCUGUGAACCGGACAUUCGAAUUACAAGGUUGGAUUUUGAAGAAGACUUUUUGUCCGAGGUUUUGGAAGCUUUCCAAUUCUUGGUUCGAGGAGCCAUCUCCAACGCUGUCGGCGAAGUUGCUUGCGAGGAACUAGGAUCACUGGGAACAACACUUGUGGAAAAUGUAAUGACUCUGGCUUCUGAUGCUCUCGAACCUUACCAAGGGGAACUCACCGAGGCAGAAUCGAAUCCUUUGCAUGCGGAACAGAACUUGAAUCUUCCGGCUACCUUGAAGGCUUUGGAUUUCCAAGACUCGGAAAGCUCUAUCAGUCAGCUCAUGCGACAAGCUUUUGACAGCGUUGAAUCGCUCCUCGAAACUGUUGUGCCAAACGAGGAUUCGAACCAAGACGAUUUGUUGUUCAACCUUUUCCUUCGUUCUUUCAUCUUGGAAGAAGAUGGAUCUUACACUAUUCCAGCAUCAGAAAUGCCUAUUGACAGUGUCUUGUUUGAAGGCCAUGACCGCAUCACACAGACCACAAUGACUCUGAAUGAAGUCAAGGUAUUUGGACUUGACAGUUUGACUGUCUUUGACCCAUUCAACGCCAUUGGAAAGUACACUUUGGACAACAAGUUCAACUGGCGUCAAAUCAAGAUCGAGUUCGAUAUUACCAUUUUCAUCCGCCCUUCCACUUUGGAUGAUGCCAUCUUGAAGGACCCUACAUCACCUGGAAUAACCGAGAGAAUCACAGUUGACUUUGGAUUGGACAAUGUCGAGGUUGUUGCAUCCUUGUUGAUGCUUCUUGAUGAAGAGGGAAUUGACGGUUUGAAUCUUGGACCCCUUCUCUACACUGAAUAUGCCCUACCCUGCAUCCUCUCAGUGGUUCACCAAACAAGAUUGACUGGACUCACUUUCAACCCUCAGACAUUCAAUGAGCCAACUUUGAAUGGGUUCAUCUCUCCUGGAAUUGACCGAGUCGUUUCGGAUUCUGUCGAAGCUGCAUUUGCCAUGUACGCAGGUUCUCUUCGAGCUACACUUCCAUACAUCUUCCAAACAACCGUCCGAACCUUUGUGAACACAAAUGUCAUCGAUACAUACAUGGCUGAUUCAUCAAAGACCGUGUGCCCAACCGUGGAACAAGUCCCAGGAUAUGUUGACUUUCGAAAGUUCUUUGAUAAUGAAGAUAGCUCGCAUGGAGAUUUGCCACCACUUCUGAAGAACCUUUUCAAUGCUGAGCUCUUGUCCCUGGAUGAUAAUGGCAAACCAAAGAUCAACGACAUUCUCAUCAAACCUUUCACUGAAGCACAGUCGGGGGUCGCCGGAAACCUCGAGUUUUCAACAGAUCUUUUUGGCAUUAAUUCCGAAACUGUUCCUCACAUUGGAAUGGACUCCUUGGAACUUCGUGCGUUCAAUCCUUCAGUCCGCAAUCUUGAUUCUAUGGGAGCUCCCAUUGAUCUUUUGAAGACAAACGACGAGAACGGUUACCUUCUUGAAAACUUUGCUACUGUUGGAGCAAACCCAGACUCCAUUGAAUUCGCAUUAAAAGGUCUUCUUGCUUUGUCCGGGGAUGAAACUCUUGCAAUGUACAACGAGAUUGAGCUUUCGGUAAACAUUGGCAAUGCUGAUUUCUUUGCUGGAUUGAUUGCCAUGGUUGACUCGCAAGCACUACAGUCAUUCCCCUUGAAGGACAUUGCGAACUUGAAUUGUUGGCUCGCAAUGCUUGCCACUCCUCAAAUUGAUUCGAAUGGUCAAUUGAAGGGCAACACUGACAUUGGACUGAUGCUCGAAAGUCUCCGACUAACAGCAGAUUCUAUGGCUUUUGAUGUUUCUUGCACCAACUGCACAAGUUCCAGUCUUUCCGUUCUACCUGAAGUGUUCCAAACUCUUGAAUCAACUGGAGUGUCCAACAUUCUUGAGAAGAGGCUGAUCGAUAUGGGUCUUGAGGUCGCAUCAAGUGAAUACGUCCAAGCGUACAUCAACGAACUUCUCAUCAACGGAGCACUUCGGUGCCCCAACAGCCCAAACUAUGUUGAUACUUCCGCAACAUCAAACUACCAAGUUCCAACGUUUCCAGCACUGGCCCACGAAUCUCUCGAGACUGUUGCCUUCGCAUCCAGUCUAUUGUUGCACAUGGCCACUGUUGUCAUCGCAGAAGCUCAUUCUUCCUACGAUUUGGAAGAUACGAAUCCAAUGGAUGGUCAGAACGAACUCGAAGAGCAACCAAACUUGAAAUUGAUUGACUUCACUUCGUUCGAAUCUUCUGUUGGUGGCUGGGCAAACGACGCAGUUCGAGACGUUUUGGAGUACAUCAGUGAAACCAUUGAUGAUUCGAGCAGUCCGACUGGAAAGGACAUUCGCAUCAACAGCAUUCUUCGAUCAAACUUCUUGGAUGAAAGUGGUGCUCUGGAUAUCGAGUUCAACGACAUUGGUAUCGGAAGUGACGAUGUGCAAAUCUCAUUGAGACAUGUUCGGGUGCUUGGUUUAGAUACCGUCUCGAGUUUGAAUAUGUUGGAUGCUAUUGGUGCACAAACGCUACAAAAUGUCUGGAAGUGGCAGAAGCUUGGGGUAGAGGUUGAAUUUUCCUUGCUAUCUUCAGGAACGGAUAUCAGCCCUGCUGGUCGAGCUCUGAAAUCUAUCGAAGAUAUCACUCUGUCCCUGGAAUUCGGUGACAUUGAUGUGUCGUUGGCCCUACUUCUCGCUUUGGACAUCGAUCGACUUGGAGAACUCAAGCUUGAGUCUUUCCUCGACAUUGCAAACAUUCUUCCAUGCAUUCUUACUGCUGCACAUUCUGCAAAGUUCUCGGAAUUCCAAGUUCUUGCUGGAUCCAUUAAGAAGUUCGGAAUCACUGGUUUCAAGUCAGAGGAGUUGAACACAGCAGCCGCCGAAAGCAGCCGCAUCAUCUUGGAGAAGUAUGGGCAAAAAAUUGUGUCUUCGGUGCCUGGAGUUUUCGACAUGACGGUUCGAGCUCUUAUCAACAACAUGAUGGGAUACUACAUGGGUGACGGUUCGAGUAUUGUUUGCCCAACACCUUCUGCCAAGUCAGCACUCACUGGCUUUGUGGAUUUCAGAGAUCUUCUCUUGGCAGCAGGAACAGCUCGCCAAUUUGGUGGAAGUGGUUUGUCCCAAUACGGAAACCUCUUCAGUACAGCUCUUGGAAUUGUGCAAGACUUGAUCUUCAAGGUGGACGAUAGCACUGGUCUCUCUGCAAUCAAUGACCUUGUAGUUGCGCCAUUCACUGAGACCCAAUCAAACAAGACUGGCAGCAUGGUUUUCGAAGAUCUUUUUGAUGCCGACUCUCGGGUUAUUGUUGGAGGUCUGGAUGCGAAAAUUCAACUUCGAGCAAGCGAUGUUCGCAUCGACAACUUGGAUACCAUUGGUUCCCCUAUUGAGCUGCUUCAGGCUAUCAUGGAUAUGCCUCACCAGUUGAACAACACCAUGACGUUCGGAACUGAAGGUCGACCCGUACGUAUGGCACUGACCUUCUUGCUGUCUUUAAUGGGUGAUGAUGAUAUGCAAGUGCGAAAUGAAGUCGAGAUCAGCCUUGAUCUCCAUUCGGCAAGUGUGAUGCUACAGGCUAUGAUGAAAGUGGCCGAGUCAAGAUUCUACGGUUUCCCCAUGCGAGACAUCUUUGAUCUAAAUUGUUGGCUUGCAAUGAUUCCUGCCCCGAAGCUUGACCAAUACGGUGUUAGAAGCACCAGCGAAGAACCAACAGUAUCACUCGAAGAGUUGGCAGCGACAGCUGCUUCGCUCAGUUUGAAUGUCACCUGUAUCGACUGCUCAAGUCCAAGAAUGCCAGAACUAACAGAACUGCUCUCAAAGGCAGAAGCACAAGAAGAUUUAUCUGAAGCAAUGAACGCUCUUCUUGACUACGUCACAGAUAUGGUUGGUGGAAAUUUCUUGCAGGUUCAGAUAGAUCGCAUCCUAAAUGACGCUGGACGAAAGUGUCCUCAUAGUCCAUCCUACGAGCCAGAGUUCGAAGCAGCGACAUACAAAGCCUUCCAAGCUCCAGAUAGCGAGCCUUCGAUGUCUUUGCUGGUCACAAUCGCUGCACUUGCAAUCGUUGCACUUCUAGUGGUUGCUGCCCUGAUCUACUUUAUCAAAUGGAUUGUCCGUCGUCGUCACAAGCACUGGUUGGGAACACUUCCAGCCCAUCAAGUCCAACGUCUAGCACAGGAACAACACCGUGAAGAGAGAGAGGAAACUGAGCUCAACUCCGCAACCAAAUCUAUGUUUUCAAGUCCAGUCGUACCAAUGCUUGUACGAUUUGGAAUGCCUUUCAUCAUCAUUGGGAACAUCUUCCUCUUCUUGAGUGGGCAUCUGAGUCUUGGAGCGACAGUGAAUAUUGAAGCAGAACUUGCUGGAGAGAAGAUCUCGAUUGAUAAGUUUUUCGAAUUCUCGAUGGCUCGUUCGACUAUGGAUAUUUGGAACGCAGGUGGAGAAGAGUUGGCAAUUAUCAUUCUGAUCUUCUCUGGAAUCUGGCCAUACACAAAGCAACUAAUGACUCUUGCAGUCUGGUUCCUUCCCACUGCUCGUUUGUCCGUGUCGAGAAGGGAGUCAAUCUUGAUUUGGCUAGACAGACUUGGGAAAUGGUCAAUGAUUGAUGUAUUCGUCCUUGUUGUCAGUAUCGCGGCGUUCAGAGUCUCUGUUAUCAGCCCAAGCCUUCGUUUCCUUCCAGAAGAUUUCUACUCGAUUGAUAUGUUGGUUGUCCCUCUUUGGGGUCUCUAUGCCAACAUGCUUGCCCAGUUGACUUCUCAAGUCAGCUCCCACUUCGUCAUUUACUACCACCGUCGCAUCAUCAGCGAAGCAAAAGCUCAACGCGGUAUCUAUCACGGGGUGGCUCGUUCUCCAAGCGCGGCCAUGGAAGGACCUCAAAAGGGUGCCAACAAUUCUAGAGUGUCAGUGGAAGUAUCUUCUGGCGCUAACGAGCCUGUAUACGAGAUGGGAAAUGCUCGAGUAUCACUUUGCCAACACCAAUACAGUCGCCCUCACCGUGGCGAAACUGAGAAAUUGAUUGUUCGCCCAUGGGUGAACAAGCUUCUCUUGCUUGGGUCUCUCUCUUUGAUUGUGUUGGUGAUUGUUGGAUGCUCUAUGCCUUCUUUUUCACUUGAAUUUCUUGGAAUCAUUGGUGUUGCUGUUGAGACAGGUCAAAAUUUCGAAGAUGCCACCACUCAACACAGCGUGUUCACUGUCAUUCAACUGUUGUUUGAAGAAGCAGAGUUUCUUGGAACAGCCGGAGACUAUCUUGGUCUCGGUACUCUUUCCGUGCUCUUUGUGCUGACAGUUCUUUUGGUCCCUGUCAUCCAAGCUUUGGCACUUCUUCGCCAAUGGUUCAGACCGUCUACUCAUGAAGAGAUGCAGAAGAUGUCCGUAUUCAUCGAAAUCCUGCAAGCAUGGCAAUACGCAGACGUCUACCUCAUUGCCAUCUUUGUCACGAGCUGGCAAAUUGGCCCUAUCUCUGAGUUCAUGAUCAAUGCCUACUGUGAAUCAUUGGAAGAAACUUUUGGCCAACUUGUCUACUACGGUCUCUUGAAAGAAGAGGAUGCGCAGUGCUUCAGCGUUCGCGCAUCCAUCAAUGGUGGUUCUUUCUUUCUUGCUCUUGGUGUCAUUCUACUUGUGCUACUUGGUUCGUUCGUUUCCAAGGCAGUUGUUCAAUACAUGCGUGAUCAACGUGACACAGAGAAACGCCUUCGCGAUGAAGAGGACUCACUCCUCGGAUCUGUCACCGACGAUGAUGGCGAGGGAGUUGGUGGUAUCAGUGCCAGAAUCCAUCCAGUUCCAGUCCUUUUCACUGAUACUUUCAGAUGGCUAUUGUACCAAGAAAACAAUAGAUGGGGUCUUCCUGACACUCACUACCAUUGGGGAGCAGUUGCAAGCAACCCAAACCGUGCCAUGUUCCUUCCUGAGGCGCAGGUCUUGAUUGAUGAAUCAUCAUCAGCACCAAGCCAAUUUCCCAAGAUGAAGUAUGCUGACGCAAAGAUUGAACAAGAUGCAUCCAAUACAAAGAAAGCUCCGCCCUCCUCCAGCGCUUCUGCUUCUAGCUCUUUCAGGGGUUUCAAAGCAAAGGGAAUUCCCGUAGCAGGCUUGAAAACAACUGGUCUCCCUCCGAGAGAAUCCUUCGAGCAACUCGCAGCAUCUGACGACAACUACAAUGAUGAAACCAACAGUUUCACAAGCGAACCCAUGUUCCGCGACGAAGCCUCGACUACUGGCAUGUCACUGCCACCAUCCACUCCAGAUGCAGCACCCUCUCGUGCAACAGCCACCACUGCAGAGUACCACAACACCAUGACGACUGCCGAAAGCGAGUUCGACUAUGAGACAGUGGUUACUAACGAUGACGUAAGCGAGUACGAAGAACAAACUGUCAUGAGCGAGUAUGACCGAACUGUCAUGAGUGAAUAUGAAGAGCAAACCGUCAAUACAGGUUACAUGACAGAGAUUCAAGAAGAACUUGAAGAUGUGAUCUCAAACUAUGACCAAACAAGUGGUGUUCGUCCACUCGACUAA